AAUCUUUCAUAAAUACCAAUCUAAAAAUGUAUCAAAAAAAUUAAAAACUCGUGCUCAACGUGAAUAUAAAAUCGUUCAAUAUGUUCAACGUCUAGUACGGCAACGAUCAGAUAUUGUUAUACGUCGAACGGAUAAGAGUAAAGUAUUUUAUAUUGGUAAAGCAGCUGAUUUUGAACGUAAAGCAGAAGAAUAUAUGUUAAAAACUGAAGCUUAUGAAGAAAUAAAAAAUGGUCGUUGUCCUUUGGCCGAUAAUUUACAUGCUGUACAAACUCUAUUCGAUUAUCUCGUAACGAAAAAGGCUUUAACAAAAAAACAAUCUAACCGAUUAAUUCCAAAAUUAAAUAGUUUAGAAGUAGGUCAUUAUCAUGGUAUUCCUAAACCACACAAACCUAAAACACCAUUACGACCUAUAGUAGCCAGUAUACAUGCACCUGCAACGUUGGCAUCGAAAUUUUUGAAUGAUAUUUUAGCACCUAUCUAUUUGAAAGUUACUCGUAAAUAUACAUUUGUUAAUGAUAUAGAUGUUAUUCGACAACUAGAAAAAUAUGUUGCAGAUGGUUAUUUUACAUCAAGAACAAAAUUUAUUACUAUUGAUGAUGAAAAUCUUUACACAAUGAUACCAAGAGAUGGUGCAUUAACAGCAUUAGCUCGAUUUUAUGUUAAAUAUUGUUAUCAAGGAAAAAUUGGCACAUUUACAAUUGAUCAUAUAAUGAAAAUGGCUGGUUUAAUUUUGGAUACAAACUGUUUUGCUUAUAAUAAUAAAUAUUAUAAACAAAUGAGUGGUGGAGCUACGGGCGCAGCAUUUACACAAGUUUUAGCAAACAUCUAUCUCAUGGAAUGGGAACAAGAUUUAAUUGAACAUCAAAUAGAACAUCAUGAAGUCUAUGGAAGAUAUAUCGAUGAUAUUUUUAUGACAACAAAUAAAACCAUGGAUGAAAUUAAUAUUGAACUUGAAAAAGCCAAACAUAAAGAUAUAAAUAUUAAAAUUGAUCCCACAAUAAGCAAAUCUGUUCAUUAUCUCGAUGUAACUAUCA